CUCAAUCAUCCAAACGCUUAUUACUGUAUGUAUUAAACAAACAGUAACUAACCCAGAUUUCUUGAUGUGUAUUGUUGCGGAAGUGUUGAAUAUUUCCUUAUCUAAAGUGUUUUGCGUCGAGUUUUGCAUGUAAGCUAUAUGUGAUUACAGAAUAAACAGAAAAUGGCAUUGUUUGAAGGCUGUCAGAUUGUUCUAGAUUUGACCACAGCUGUCAAGUUUAAAGAAAAAACAGCUAUAAGAAAGGAUAUAACAUCAAAUGGAGGCAUCGUUUCUUUCAUUGUUACUAAAAAGAGUACACAUGUUGUGUGUGAUGAUAGCAAGAAGGCAGAAUUCUCAUAUAAAUGUAAAAUGGCGGCCAAGUACGGUUUUCCGGUUGUGUCUGUAGACUGGAUCAAGAUGAGUAUUGAAGCCGGGCACCAGCUCAGUACAGAUGACUAUUUGAUGGCGGGAAAAUCUAAAUCUGAGGGACUCAAGGAAGGAAAGAUAUCAGCCUCCAGAUUUCAGAAAAAGGACAAAAAGAAAAGUAUCAAACCCUUUAUUAACAUAAGCAGCUUCAAGAUGUGGAAACAAGAUGACAAAAACUGUCCUACUUUCACCAAGGAUUUCCAAAUUGCAAAAUUUGCCCUCUUUAAAGGGGAGAAGACAGAAAAGAAGGUACGAAAAACAUUUGCUGUUCUAGAAGUCCAUGUUGAUGAAACAUUCAGUGCAGGUAACUCUGGCACGAGCCAUAAAUACAGAGUUACCUCCCAUUCUGGUACACUGAACACUGUGGAAAAAGGGGCACCGGGCACAACAGAAUUCAGGUUCUGUAACACAGUAGAUGAGACUUUGGCAGUAUUCAGUCAUUUAUACAGAGAACAGCAGCAACUUGGUAUGACCUUGACCCAUGACCUUUUCUCCAGGCAUAUUGGAUCAGAAAAAUUUAAACAGAUGAUGGGGGAGCUAGGUUUGGAGUGUGGCAGUAUGACAGAAGAUGUUGGAUGUCUGGUAGAACAUAUAUGGCUAGAAGCUAACGAGGAAGUGGAAACAAUUCUCUCCAGUAAUGUCACCAGUAUCAAGGAAGAACAGAUUAAUAAAGCUGAAGCCAUUUUGAAGCAGAUCAAGUCUGCCCUAGACAGCGGGGAUAGCAGUAAGAUUUUUAAGCUGAUGAAUGAGUUCUAUAUUGCACUCCCCCACAGGCAUCAGUAUAGAGUGAUGGUACCUACUAAAUACUGGUUGUCAAGGAAACAAGAUAUCUGUCAGCUGGUGAAGGACAUGAUAUCAGUUAGUGAAGCCACAGACUUCUCCCUGCGAGCAAGUACACCAGCUAAAUAUAGAGCUCUAAGAUGUGGGAUUGACAGUUUAAGUACAACAAGUACUGAAUUCCAUACUGUCAAACAGCUGAUAGAGGAGUCACUAACUGGAGACUGUACUAUAAAAAUUCAGGCAGUAUUUGCUGUGAAUCGUCCAGUGGAGAGCACCAAUUUCACAUGUGAUAUUCCCAAUAAACAACUUCUCUUCCAUGCUUCCAAGGCCAAUAAUAUCGUAGGAAUCUUGUCAAGAGGAUUAUUAAUGCCUAGAGUUGUGGUUGACGACCAUGGAGGUACAAGGUCUGAUCCAGGCAUGCUUGGUUCAGGAAUUUACUUCGCAAGUGCAGCCAGUACUAGUGUGGGCUAUUCCUCUCCAAGUCAAAAGAAGGGUACAAGAUUCAUGCUAGUUAGUGAGGUUGCCCUUGGCAACUGCAAAACUAUGUAUCAAAAGGAUUUGACCUUGACCUGUGCACCUGAAGGUUACCACAGUAUUCAUGGUGUGAAAACAUCUGAAGAAUUUCCGUCUGCUUUCAAGAAUGAUGAGUAUGUUGUGUACAGUCCGGAUCAACAGAGACUGAAAUAUCUGGUGGAGUUUACAACCGAUACUGAUGUGAUUAAAGAGACUUUUGAAGAAUAUGUAAAUACAGAGGAAAUAUCAGAGUUAGAUGAUGAAGAUGCUAAUGAAAUCAGUCUGAAAGAUGUCAAGGACAUUGUUGACCCUAUGUCAAAGGUCAAGGCUGGUCUUGUUUGUAAUGAUGAUGUGCCUGUGAAUCUUAAAUCUGUACAUGUCAGAGCAAAAUUGAUGGACCUUGCAUCUGAGGUGAUAGUUCUUCAAGAGUAUGAGAACAACAGUAAGAAUCCACUGGAGGCAAAAUAUGUCUUCCCGCUGGGGGACCUUGCUGCUGUGUGUGGGUUUGAAGCAUUUAUCAAUGGUAAACAUAUUGUUGGUGAGGUGAAAGAGAAGGAACAAGCUCACAAAGAAUAUAAGAAAGCAAUCAGUGAAGGUCAUGGUGCCUACCUCAUGGACCAAGAUGAAGAAACACCUGAUGUGUUUACUGUAAGUGUUGGCAAUCUUCCACCAGGAGCUACGGUCUUGAUCAAGAUCACAUAUGUGGCAGAAUUACAGGUAGAAGGGGAGAUGGUUAGUUUCAGAUUGCCAGGAAGUGUCGCUCCAUGGAAGAAAGAUUCUUUAAAGGAAACUACACAGCAUGAAACUGAGACAGUGGAGGUCACACAAGGGGAGACAAGUGUGCAGGUUUCAAUAGAGAUGCCCUUUGACAUCAGGUCAAUUGAAUGCCCCUCACAGAAGAUCAAAGUCAAGAGGACAUUAACAAAAGCCACUGUAGAGAUGAUGGAAGGGGAGUCUAUUGCCGAUGGGUUCCAGCUUCUGAUUGGUCUAGCAGAAAUACACGUGCCUAGAAUGUGGGUCGAGAGAAAACCAGAUGACCAAAAUCACCAGGCAUGUAUGCUGACAUUUUACCCGGAAUUUGAGGCCUGUGAGUCGGAUGAUGUCAGUGUGAUUUUACUUCUGGACCUGUCAAACUCUAUGAAGGGUGAUGCCAUCAUCAGUGCCAAGAAAGUCUUGCUGCUGACUCUCCAGCAUUUACCCCCUACAUGGAACUUUAAUGUUGUUGUGUUUGGAACAGCAUGGAAAGAAUUGUUUCCAUCUUGUGUUGUGAAAACAGCAGGAAAUAUGAGACUAGCAUCAGAGUUUGUCAUGAGUCUUUCAGCAACUAUGGGUAACACAGAGGUUGUGCGACCAUUGCAUACUUUUUACCUCAUGAAACCGGAGAGCUCCAUGCAGAAUGUCCUCUUGAUCUCUGACGGACACAUGAACAACUCGGAACUGUUGCUGAGCAGUGUCAGGAAAAAUUGCCAACAUACCAGGAUAUUCACAGUUGGAGUUAGUGGCACUGCAGACAGACAUUUACUAAGAGCGUUGGCUAGAGUUGGUGCAGGAUCCUUCGAGUACUUUGAUACCAAAGUUAAAUCUAAAUGGGAAAUGAAGGUUAAAUCUCAAAUCAACAAGGCUGCCCAACCAGGACUGACAUCUGUAAAUGUUGACUGGGAACAGCACGGAGCAGACGUACCAUCUCCUGUACAAGCUCCUCGACAAAUCACGGCACUCUUCAAUGGUUCCAGAUCAGUUAUAUAUGGAUAUGUACCAAACUGUACAAUGGCAACAUUGCGAGCAAGCAUAGCCGGGGAAGAAGUUUCUACAAUGGUGUCUACUUCAGAUCUCAGCAUUACAGAUGGAAAUAUUCUUCAUCGUUUAACAGCAAGAGCAAUAAUCAGUGACUGGGAGGAUGGAGUUCUCUCUGCUGACCGUACUGACCAUGAGAUAGUGAAGAUGAACACCAAGGACUAUAUUAUAGAGCUGAGUAAACAGUAUACUAUAGUAACACAGUUCACCAGCUUUGUUGCUAUAGAGAAAAGAGAUAAGGAUGAGGAGAAAAAGGCUAUAGAUGCACCCUCUAUGUCAGAACUGGUGGAACGAGAAAAUGUCGACCAGCUUCAGUAUAUGGGCUUUGAAGAGGAGAAGAAGCCAGAGGUUGAUUAUGAGAAGGCAAUCGAUGAUGUACUUACUAAUGUAAGGCUGAACUUUGACUCCUCUGAUAAACAAAUUGACUUCCUGAAGGAAGGAAUCAGACUGGCUCAAGAGAUCACAGAUAAUGAGUUACAGACUGAGAAAAUGUUGAUGCUUGAAGAAGCAUUUGACAGCUGGGACCUGGAUGAUAAAGUUGACUUCAGUCAGGCAUUUGGAACUCAAAGAAUAGGGAAUCCAAAAACGCAGAAGACUUCUCACUUAUUUGUCAAAACAUUGACGGGGAAGACAGUUAGUAUGGAUUUGGAUGCCUGCAGUACUAUAGCUGAUGUAAAGGCACUGAUUCAAGACAAAGAAGGAAUACCACCAGAUCAACAGAGAUUGAUAUUUGCUGGAAAGCAGUUAGAAGAUGGUAGAUCACUGCAGGACUAUAACAUCCAGCAUGAGUCAAUGUUGCAUCUUGUGUUAAGACUGAGGGGAGGUCCUGGAGAUGAACCUGUAUUAAAGAGAAGGAUAGCCAGAUCAGCUGUAGCAGAAAAAAAGGAGGAACAAUCUGAUAUGCUUGCUUCCCUUAGAUGUAUGGCAGUGGAUAUGGGAGAAGAACUUGAAAAACAAAAUGAGCUGUUAGAUAGUAUUAAUACUAAGUCGCACAGUAAAAGUUUGGCCUUUAAUGAAGAGGAGGCUGAUUAUGAAGAGGAGGCUGAAUUGUGUUUUGAAGCAGAGACCGCAAUGAAAGAUGAGUAUGAGUCUGAUGACAAUUGGGAUGAAGAUUCAGAAUCAACGGAAUCCGAAUGUGAAUCACUAUCUCCAUUUUAUUUACAAUCAUCAUCAGCAGUAGAAUAUCUUAAAUCAGAUGAUUCAAGUCCUAGAAAAGUGUCAGAAGAUCAUGUGAAAAUGAAAACUUUGGAGAAAGUUUCUUCAGCUGAUAAGGUUAUGAAAGCAGCAGAUAGUGAGAGUGAAGAAUCAGAGGAAGAAAUGGGAUUUAGCCUGUUUGAAUAUGAUGCUGGUGUCAGAUACAUGUAUAACCGAUAUUCUAGCACUGGUCAGUCUACUGAAACAACAAGAAAUGGAGUUGUUGGGCCAGUGACAAAAGCUAAAACUGCUGUACGAGAUGAAGAUAGAGACAAGGGAAGUCCUCCUACUAUGGUUAAAUUUAGCGCAGUGCCAAAAGCUAAAUUCAGGAAGGCAGCUGAAUUCGGUGCUCCAGAUAUUUCCAGCUAUUUGAAAAGUAGUAGUUCUGCUAUGCGUGCAGAUGGAGCAAGGGCAGAUGAACCUUACGGUAUGACUGAGUUUUAUGCAGAAACCUAUGAACCUGAAGAUUUAUUAGAAGAAGAUGUGUGUGCAGACACAGCCUUUUAUGCACAAGGCUGUGAAGAUGUAUGUUUAUAUGAAGAUGUGUAUGCAGACACAGACAUUUCAGAGGCAAUAAGUAUGGACAUGGCAAAGAUGGAUGACCAUGCUGAACUUGAAGCUGAAUUAGAUGAACUUACAGCAGAAGAGAAAGAAGGAAUGACAGUGAAAGACUCAGCUAAAAUGCCAGCAGCAGAUGGAAGAGCAAUUAAAGAACCACAAGUGGCUUUACAAGAAGCUGGAGUUUCCAGAUUUAGUGACAUGAGAAUGGAUGGAGAAGAGGCAAAGUUACGUUUGAGAAAGGUAUCUGAUUAA